AUGGUGAAGUUUGUGGUACCCUUUGUUCCUUUUCCUUCCAACAUUGAUCCUGAGAGAGACUCGAUAGAAUGGGUACGCACGAUCCAAAAAGAGUUCGAUGAAGAGGAAGAUAAGAUCUAUGAAAAACUCAUAAGAGAAGGGUUUCUUACUGAGGAAUACAAAACGACUGAUGAUAGCGGUGAGGUAUCAUGGAGGUCGACUGUAACCAAAGCAAACAUGUACAGGCAAAAUUCCCUGUAUAUUCCAAUGGAUAUAUCAAGGACAUGUUUUGUAAAAAGAAAAAUGAAAUAA